GCAGCAUGAUCGCGAUCGGCGCAUCUAGACCCGAAGGUACGCGCGCCGCGGCUUAGUCUGCUGUGAGAUCCCGCAGCGUUUGGUCGAUCUGUUUUUCUUGCCCUUUGCUUCGCAUCGUUUGCACGGGUUUUGUAAAGGAGCAAAAUGAAAUCAACCCUGCCGAUGGCAGGGCUGUUGCUGCUGCUGGCACUGUUCGCGUUCGUGCAGCAAGUGCAACCGCUGUCGAUUGACCCGGUUGCCUCGACUGAGCUGGAAGAAUACAUUAAGGAUGAUUUCCUAAUAUCGCUCCGCCACAUUAGACCGCGGCGAAAGUUUAGAAUCACCAUCGAGGCACUGUUUAUGAUCGAUUUCCCUGAAUCGAAGAACAAAUUUUCCUUCUAUCUCGAUCGCAAAAACAAGCGAGUGACCAUCGACAUCACCACCCACUCGAAGGUGUACUCGAAGAACCUCAUCCUGAGCGAGCUGAACGAGUCGACCACGAUCAAGUCGCUGGCGUUCGCGUUCCACCAGAGCGCGAUCACCGUGUACAUGAACUGUAAACAGUCCUCGACCGAGGAGCUGGACGUGAACCUGUCGAAGCUGUUUGCGGGCAGCGACGAGCCGACGGUCAAGCUGUUCCGCGAGCGCAAGUAUCCCCUGUUCCUGGAUUCCGACCUGGACAAGGCGCUGAGCCGUGCCAGCUGUCAGAAGAUACUGCGCCGCAACGGCAACCACAUCCCGUCGCGCCAGAAGCAGACGGUAGAAAAGAUGCUCAAGAACAAAGUACAAGGUGAGCUUAUACCGGAGCGCAACAAGAAGCGUGACAUCCGGAACUGGCACCACACGGCGGAAAAGUACAAGGAAGCGUUCCACACCGACUUCUCGGCAAACCGUGGCGACAUCCCGAUCAUUCACGGUGAUUGUGAUGAGAACAUUCUGAAGCUUCUCGGCGAGCUGAUGAAGCUGGUGAAGGAGCUGAAGGAAGAGGUGAAGGGACAGCGGCAUGAGAUCAACUACUUGCGGGGGCUGAUCGAGAACUGUGCCGGUUGUCAGCAGGCGCAACCGUUGCGCGAAAACUGCCAGUACAGCAAUCCGUGCUUCCCAGGCGUGCAGUGCUAUGAUACGUCCACUGGUAUGCGCUGUGGCCACUGUCCGCGUGGAUACGUCGGCGAUGGCCGAAACUGUCGUCCGGGUCAGACCUGUGCGGACCAGCCAUGCUUCAAUGGUGUCCAGUGUUAUGACACGGUCGAGGGUGCCCAGUGCGGUCCCUGCCCGGCGGGAUACGAGGGCGACGGUAAGCACUGCCGGUUUCGGGACGCCUGCGAAGACAAACCGUGCGCACCAGGUGUACAUUGCAGUAGAUUAGAUCAGCAUCCGUUCUUCCGCUGCGGUGCCUGUCCGGCCGGUUUCACUGGCAACGGUACUGCCUGUCACGAUCUGGACGAGUGUGAUCUGGUGGAGCCGUGUGAUGUGCGUGUCCGCUGCACCAACACUGCGCCCGGGUUCCGGUGCGAUCCGUGCCCCAGCGGUUACGUCGGGAUACACUACGAGGGGCUGACGGCAACGUCGUUCGACGGUUCGAUGCAACGCCAGCGGUGCACGGAUCGGAACGAGUGUGCGGACGGGUCGGCCCGCUGUGGAGCGAACAUGGUCUGCCACAAUACGGAAGGUUCGUACGACUGUCAGUGUAAGGCGGGCUUUAUCCGUAACUCGUCGCGCGAAUGUCUGCCAUCCGAUCGGAUGUGUCUGGAUGGGACGAUCUGUGACCAGAACGCUGUGUGCAAGCAUGCCGGCAACAAUAAGUACAGAUGUAAGUGUAAGGUAGGCUGGGCAGGUGAUGGAUUCCUGUGCGGCUCGGAUAAGGAUCUGGACGGGUGGCCCGACGCCAACCUGCAGUGUAACGAUGAGAAGUGUCGCGCUGACAACUGUGUCAACAUUCCCAACUCGGGCCAGGAAGAUGCGGACCGAGACGGUAUUGGUGAUGCGUGCGAUCCCGAUGCAGACAACGAUGGAAUUCUGAACAAUCCGGAUAAUUGCCCGCUGGUGCAUAAUCCGGACCAGCUGGAUAGCGAUGUCGAUGGGGGCGAUAAGCAGGGCGAUGCGUGUGAUAACUGUCCCACGGUAUCGAACGUCGACCAGAACGAUGUCGAUAAGGAUGGGAUGGGCGAUGCCUGCGAUCCGGACAUUGAUAAUGAUGGUAUUCGCAACGAGGACGAUAACUGUCCGAAGGUGGCCAACUUCAACCAGCUCGAUACGGAUGGCGAUCGGGUCGGGGAUGUGUGCGACAACUGUCCAAUGAUUCCCAACCCAAAUCAGCUCGAUUCCGACAACGAUCUUAUCGGUGAUGCGUGCGACAGUGAUGUCGAUCGCGAUCGGGACGGUAUUCAGGACAGUCGCGACAACUGUCCGAAGCUGGCCAACUCCGACCAGCUCGACACUGACGGUGAUGGGCGGGGAGAUCUGUGCGAUACCGAUGCGGACAAUGAUGGUAUCCUGAACCACGAGGAUAACUGCCCGAUCGUGUUCAAUCCCGAUCAGACGGAUGCAAACAAUGACGGCAUCGGUGACAUCUGCGAGGAAGACUUCGAUUUGGAUCUGAUCCCGAACUAUCUCGACAACUGUCCGAACAAUUCGAAGAUCUUCUCGACCGACUUCCGCACGUACCAGACGGUGGUGCUGGACCCGGAAGGCGACUCGCAGAUCGAUCCGAACUGGGUGAUCUACAACAAGGGUGCGGAGAUUGUCCAAACACAAAACAGCGAUCCGGGGCUGGCUGUUGGCUACGACGCGUUCGGUGGCGUUGAUUUCGAGGGCACCUUCUUCGUCGACACGGAAAUCGAUGACGAUUACGUCGGGUUCAUCUUCAGCUACCAGGACAACCACAAGUUCUACGCCGUCAUGUGGAAGAAGAACAUCCAGACGUACUGGCAGGCGACCCCGUUCCGUGCGUCGGCCGAGCCGGGCAUACAGCUGAAGCUGAUCAACAGCGCGACCGGACCGGGCGAGAUGCUGCGCAACAGUCUGUGGCACACGGGCGACACCAAGGGCCAGGUGAAGCUGCUCUGGAAGGACCCGCGCAACGUGGGCUGGACCGAGCGGACGGCGUACCGCUGGCUGUUGCUGCACCGGCCGAAGAUUGGACUGAUCCGGUUGCGCAUCUUCGACGGCGACCAGAUGGUGGCCGAUUCGGGCAACAUCUUCGACACCACGCUCAAGGGCGGCCGGCUGGGUGUGUUCUGCUUCUCGCAGGAGAUGAUCAUCUGGUCCGAUCUGGUGUACCGCUGUAAUGACAACGUACCGGAGGCGAUUUACCGCGAGCUGCCUCCGAAUUUGCAGCGCGAGGUACAGGUUGACCAUCGGGCUUAGGCCGGCACUCUAUCGGGUGAUCGUCAGCAGAGUUAAUGUUAGGUGUACAACUAAAUGUAGCGCUUACAGUAUAUACAACACCAAUCUGCUUCGUAUAAUCAGGCCCUGUGUUUCCACUCCUUACUAUUACUAUUCCCUAGUUGUCGCUACCUCAGUUCUAUGUCAGUAAGACACUAUUCAGUACGUAAUAGGCACUAAUGCGAACCAAUAAAGCGUGUGAUCUUCCUUCGCACAGCGAUGGAGGAUGAAACAAAACUUCUACACAGCAUUAUGAUCCUUCCAUUUCAUGGAAACGUCCACCGAAUCGCGGGUUUAUUGCGUACAUAGCCGCUACAUACAGAGCAUUUCAGACCGUGAGUAGUGUAAUUGUAAGUUGUAACGCUAUCUUAUGCUAUAAAAUGGAGCAAACAUCCUAAAAUCUCUUGCUCACCAACCACGCGGAACACACUUCAUUCCAUGUUACUAACGCUCCUACGCCCUCAUCGUCAGAUGACUGCCGCAGCUUUUCUCGUUUGUCGUCUU